AUGACUGCGCUUGCCAACUUUGUUCUCGGCCCUUGUGUUCCUCGUGUCUAUUCCGCCAUCACUCUGAUACGAUUCGCCCCUGAGAGCAAGCCUUUUGAAUGCCCCGCGCACGGCAUUGUUCUCAGCCAUCUACCCGGCAAGCCGAUCGCAGAAAUCUGGCCGUCACUCACCGCAGAGCAACGCCAAUCUAUAAAGGCGGAGAUCUGCCGCCUUAUUCUGCGCAUGCGUCAACACAAAUUUUCAUACUAUGGUCGUCCUACCGGGCAGCCUUAUAUUAUCCACGAACUGCACGUUUUCAAUGCCUACAAACACUGCACUACCCGCUUAGAGUGGGAUGAUUCACGUGUAAAUAUACUUCUAGAAAGGUCUUCUAAUACUCCGAAAGCAAAAGAACGGGCGGUCGCUCUUGAGAGAGUACAACGCGAAACAAAUAUCCCUGAGGCCUCCAGUCGCGGUAUCAGUUUCGAUCGGCCUGUCCUGACGCAUGGGGACCUAUCUGACCGGAAUAUUCUGGUUGAUCCCGAAACACUCGCAAUUACUGGCUUGCUGGAUUGGGAGAUGGGAAACGUCGUGCCGGCAUACUUUGAGUAUGUUAACGCGCGGCUAUCCUGGGGCCAUGACGACGAGUGGAGGGUGGAGCUAUUGGACGUGUUAAGGUCUGUUUUGCGCCAAGAGUGCAAUGCAGUCAGUAAUAAUGAUUCUGAAGGAGAGGAUCUGUAUAAGAAGACACUAGCCGCCUGGAAUGAAAUGAGAGAAUUGCGCAGGGAUUCGAUGAUGACUGUCAUUGGACUUUUGAAACUCCUCCGUUUUCAUACGAAUUCCCGACAAAUAGAGUCCGCGGAUUCCAUUCGAGAUGAUAUUUUCAACAAACUGAGCUCGUGCCCAUCAGAUUUCUAUAUCCUCGUUUCUCAACCGGGCGUUCACGUUCUAGAUUACACCUCACGAAAGUCGGCCCCACGAUUACGAGAAAAGGUCCUAAAGAAGAUUGAUUCCGUGAAAUCCAGCUUCGCUGUUAGUGAAGUGGUUGGGAAUAUUGAUAUUGAAGGACUAACGGCGCUUCUUGAGAUAAAAUGUGGGGCGGAAGCUAUAGGUGUAGACGGAGCGUCGGGGUCAUUUCCAUCGUUUUCGAGUCGUAGACGACCUCAGGUAGUAACAGUCGACUUUCCGGAGCUGCCAACAGAUUCGAAACGCACCGAGACCCUCGUUGAUUAUGAUUUCUCACUGGAUACCAUCAUCGAUCAUCUCCCCGGGGUCAACUACACUGUUAUCUAUACAACUACUCCUAGAGAUUCAUUUCUUGCAGAAACCGAAACUCUUAAGACCCAAGAUCCUCUUCACGUUCAGUUCAAGCGAGAGACCGAUGUUCCCAGCCCAUCUCAUGAUAGUCAGGCAUUAUUCGAGAAAUACCAAUUUUUUACCCCAGCUCUAGGGGUGGCUAUGGACACUAGGAAACUAGUAGAAGCGGAUGUCCUAAUUCGCAAAGUCAUUGGCCAACUUGUUAUUAUUGGAUUCGAGGGUGUCACUGUCCCUGAGGAAGUCAAAAAAUUAAUUCAGCCUCCGUAUUAUUGCGGGUCAAUUGUUCUCUUUAACCGGAAUAUCGUGGACGCCUCUCAGUUGACUGACCUCAUCAAUACUCUUCAAAGAAUCGCAAGGCACGCAGGACACGAAUACCCGUUGAUCAUUGCUUUUGAGCAGGAAAAUGACGUUCUCGCAAGCAUUAAUCCGUCAAUUGCGGUUCAGUUGCCUGGCGCUACCGCGCUAGCAGCAACAGGCUCUAGCUCUACUGAGUAUGCCUUCGACGUUGGCUAUGCUACUGGAGAAACACUGAGAGCGCUUGGUUUCAACAUGAUCUACGCGCCAUCAUGCGAUGUUAGCAGCCCUGCUGCAGAUCCAGCUAUAAGAAUUCGAUCUGCAGGAGACAACUGGUUGACUGUCGGUCAGUUAGCUAACGCUACGGCUAAUGGUCUGCGUAAAGCGUCCAUUAUACCGUGUAUAAAACACUUUCCAGGUCAUGGAUCGAUAAAAACAAGCUGCCAUGCGAGUUGUCCCCAGGUCAAUAAGAAGCACGGAAGGCUUGAAAUCUGUGAUCUAGUGCCAUUUCGAAGGCUAACCAGCCAGAAAAUCGAAGCAGUGAUGGUUUCGCACGCUGUCUUUCCCUCUUUCGGCCAUUUGCCAGCAUCUAUAAACAAACGUGUCAUAAAUAUCUUGCGUGAUGUGAUGGAACACGAUGGACUUGUCAUUACUGACUGCCUGGAAAAGUUCGCCAUUUCAUCAUGCUUUCUGCCACAUAUCGCAGCCCGAGCUGCCAUUUUUGCUGGCGUGGACUGUGUGAUGCUAAGCUCUUCGUUUGAUAUGCAAGUGCGGACAUUGGAACAAAUACAUAUUGAUUACCGCUUCCUCUAUCCUCAAAUUCAUCGGUCCGCAAUCCGUAUUAGACGCUUAAAAUGCGCCCGAUAUCCAAGAUCCUGGCUGACAAUCCAUACACCCAACUCACCUUCGUCGUUUUCUCUUCUUCACACUGAUCAUUCAAAAUUGGCGAGAGCUAUCUACAAUCACAGCGUCACUCUUGUCAGGGACUAUAUACGUGCGCUUCCUUUGAACCCGAUUAACUCUGUUAUCUACGUUUAUCCAUAUAAGGGAUCUAAUCGGGCUACUGGAGCUGACAAUGACUAUGAUGUUUGUACUCAGCAGUCCCGGGUUUCAGCUCCUCUUACGGAAUUCUCAUGUGCAAUCAAGCUUCACGCUCCUCACCUCAUUGAGCUUCCUUUCUUCGAUGAGAGUAUCAUAAAUGAUGAAAAUAAACGGAUUAUUGGAUGUUUCGAUGCUGUGAUACUAGCAUCACGGAACGCCCAACUAGCACCAUACCAGUUAGCCGUAGGGAAAUGGCUCGAAAGCUUCGUUGAGAAGCUAAUUAGCGUCGCUACUUGUCUACCGCAUGAUUUUAUCUCUUCAGCUAUCAAUACAUGCAUUGCGAUCUACCAACCCACUCGUGAGGCUUAUGAAGCAGCAGCGGAAAUCAUUUUUGGGCAACGCCCGCCUCUUGGGAAACUUCCGUUUCGUGUAUUUCCUAAGCGCGUUGAGAUUCGCCUUCUGAAUGUAGAAACAGAUUCUUGGUUAGUAGCCCAUCUGUGGCGGACAUGUUUCGGCUCAGAUCCUCUCGGAUUAGACCAAAUAACGGAUAUUUUAAAAGAAAAAAAAGCUGUCUCAUUUGUGGCAUAUAUUAACGGCCUCAAGAUUGGAUUCCUCACGACAUAUCAGUCGUAUAUUGCGGUUCUUGCUGUUUGCCCUUCGUAUCGAUCGAGGGGGGCUGGUACCGCACUCAUUCUAGAGGCUCGUCGGUACAUAAGGACACAACUCGGCAUUCCACAAGCUCAUACCGGCUCGCAUCUUCUCGGAUUUCAUCUAGGGAUGCAUAUCGAACCCUCCAGCGAGAUCGAAAAGUACUUUCAUCAUCGUGGAUUCGUUUCAUUUUCAAAGAUAGGGCAGAUAUAUUCUAUUUGUAUUAAGACAUAUAGUCCUCCGUUGGAGAUACUUCAACUCACAGAGGCAGCAGGCGUGAGAAUUGUGCAUUGGAAUGAAGGUAUGCACCGCGAAACAAUAUUAGCAAUAAAAAAACUCUGGGGACAGAACCACGAGUGGGUGCUAGGAUACGAAACCCUAGCUCGUAUGGGUUGCUAUGAACGGGUGCUUGUAGCCUUGGACCAUGAGAAGACCCAAAUUGGCUGGAUUCUCACGAAAGACCUGGGACUCGAAUCAAAUUUUGAAAGGAAUCCCCGUACCAGUCAACCUCACGCCUAUAUUGGCUGCGGGGGAAUUCUUCCUCGUUUAAAACGGGGCAGCGUUGUUGGCUAUGCCUUGGUUGUUAUGGCUAUCUUAUCUUUACAACGAAAAAACGUUAGUACCGGAUAUAUUCAGAGCCCGCAUCUCGAAGAGUUCUAUGAAAAAGCGGGCUUUAAGAUAUGGCAAAAAUUCCAACAUAUGACUGUGACUGAAAUAUAA